AUGGCUACCGCCGCAUCAAAUGCCUCGCCAGCGGUCGUCCGCAGCCACUCCUCUUCCCGUCAACCUCCCACGUCCUACGGACCGGGCUCUCCUGCACAGCUCGGCCGGGCCCGCUCCACGAACCAUAGAAGUACAACAUCUUCGAGCAGCCACCAUCACCGUUCUGGGUCCAGAAUACAUUCACAAGACGUUCCCCCAACCUCCAACCCUGCCACCCUAGCAAAUGUCGCACGACGCGAUGUCGAAGAAACGAACCUGGCCCGACCGCAGUCAUCCCGCCGCAGCUCUCGAGAUGGACGUGGUGAUCAGGAGGGGAGCAGUUCCAGGCAUGGGCGCACUUCUUCCAGACCGAGUUCGCGGAGGAACAGUCAAGAUCUUGCAGCUCAUCCUAUGACUGCCAAUGGCACAUCAACCCAUGGGCAGACCUCUAGUUCGACACCAGCUCCGCCUCCAUACAGCCCUGCUUACGCAGGCCAGUCCUCAAAUCGGCCUCCAGGAGCAAGCCCCUCUGCGCAAUAUCAGGGAACGGGCCGCCGACGCACCUCCAUCAGCACCUCCACUGGAACGUGGUCGCUGGGGAAGACAAUUGGACAGGGCAGCAUGGGGAAAGUCAAACUGGCUAAGAACCUUGAGACUGGAGAAACAGCCGCCAUCAAGAUUGUACCUCGACAGACACUCGAUGACCAAGGCAAUAGCAGGGAGGAACGCUCUGACCGAUCCAAGGAGAUACGUACCGCAAGGGAAGCUGCCUUGGUGUCGCUGCUUCACCACCCAUACAUCUGCAAGAUGGUUGACGUUCAGAAAACGAACUAUCACUGGUACAUGCUUUUUGAAUACGUUAACGGCGGUCAAAUGCUCGAUUAUAUCAUUGCCCACGGUCGGCUCAAGGAAAAGCAAGCCAGAAAGUUUGGCCGACAGAUCGCGAGCGCUCUAGAUUACUGCCAUCGGAACAAUGUGGCGCACAGAGAUCUGAAGAUUGAAAAUAUACUGAUCAGCAAGACUGGCGACAUCAAAAUCAUUGAUUUUGGUUUGAGCAACUUGUUCUCGCCAAGGUCUUUGCUCAAAACCUUUUGCGGCAGCCUUUAUUUUGCCGCGCCUGAAUUACUUCAAGCCCGUCAAUACACGGGGCCGGAAGUUGAUGUCUGGAGUUUCGGUAUCGUUCUGUAUGUUCUCGUUUGUGGCAAAGUUCCAUUCGACGAUCAAAGCAUGCCCCAACUUCACGCAAAGAUCAAGCGCGGUGUCGUUGACUAUCCCCAAUGGCUCACUGCUGAAUGUAAGAGCAUUAUUUCCCGCAUGCUGGUGGUCGACCCCAGGGAACGUGCCACCUUACACGAGAUCAUGAACCAUCCCUGGAUGACCAAGGGGUUCAACAGUCCUCCAGAGAAUUUUCUGCCUCAGAGAGAGCCGUUGCAGCUACCCCUCGACGAGCAGGUGGUCGAGAAAAUGCAGGGCUUUGAUUUUGGACCUGCAUCAUUCAUUACAGAACAGCUGACGAGCGUGCUGACGUCGGACGAUUAUCAAGCAGCUGUGAGACGCUACUACCGCGAUGAGCCAUCAAAUGUGCCUUCUGGAGAAAAGAAGCGUGGCAUGUUCGACUUUUACAAGCGUCGGAACUCCAUCAGCAGAGAAGGUCUCACUACGCCUUCAACCGAAGCCAUUCGUGGGCUUGAUCCCAUUAACGGGUAUAGUCCUCUUAUUUCGAUCUAUUAUCUAGCUCGAGAAAAGCUCGAGGCGGAACGGAGAGAUCCAAAUCCGGGCGCCUUGGGAAUUACCUCAACUGUCCCAGAGAGUUCAAUGGGGCCAGCACCAUUGACUUCGCCGGAAGCCGCCCACACCAAUGCCUACUCGCCGGAAAUGCCAGGCGAGAAGGCCACAGGUGGUCGUUCACGACCGCGGGCUCGGACAAAUGGCGAGGAUGAUGGCAAAAGCCUCGAGCCUCCAGGGACUUCACCUCGACCACCGCCUUCCGCAACCAUCCAAUCACCGACUGAUCAACCUGCAAAAAGGGAGGGCACAGCGAUGGGGUUGCUUCGUCGACUCAGCACACGACGAGUCCGAAACCCUGAGGAGCGACCACAGCCACCCACUCUCAAUAUCCAACCUCCCCAAGAUAGCGCGACUGCUCCUCGCAAGUCGUUCUCGGUUCGUCGUUCUCGCCGACGUGAUCCAUCGCCAACGACGGCGACCCAUCACCCUGGUGGUAGCCAGCCACAGCAUGAGGGUCUUCUGAGUGCGGGAACUCACAAGGCACGAAACUUUCUUGGACGGUCCACUAGUGUCAAUUCCGCAGACUAUCGACCCCGUCGGCUGCUGCACCGCGCAGGAAAUGAGCUUGACUCUCCUCAUUCGACUGCCGAGGCGCCUGCAACAAGUGGCUCGGAUCAUUCAACCAGCAGUCAGCGCAAACUCAACAAGGCCCUAGACUCAGCGGGACCUGCGGUGCCAACCGUACCCGCUGUGCCUGCGGACCAAACGCCGCCUACACCAGCCUCUAAUGCUCCUCGCGCGCCAAACGCGGCAAGAACGAAGUCGUUGGGUCAUGCUCGUCAAGAAAGCAUACAGGCUCGGCGACGGAGGUGGGAAGAGAGCCGCAAAGACCGCCAUGCAAACGUUCCAGAAGAAACGGACGCCGAGCUUCGGGAUGACGCAGAGGGACUCGAUACGCCAGCUUUGCCGGACACACCCUCUACGGAGGUCGCAAGGCCUGCUGGCCUCAAGGGCUUGUUCUCCACAGCCACGACAAGCAGUAAGCCCCCCGAAUUCAUCCGACAGGAUCUUGUCAGGGUCCUCAAGCAAUUGGGCGUAGAGUAUACAGCGAUUCGGGGCGGGUUCUCGUGUCGACAUGCACCUAGCAUCAAUUUGGACGAUGUGAGAGAGCCGGCCGAUGAAGAGAAGAGUGGACGCGUGUUUAGUGGGCAUCAGCGACGCAUUUCUUUUGGCGGAGCCUUCAGGGGCAAGGACCGUGAGGAAAUUCGAGACGACAAGGCUCACCGUCAGGGCUCAAGUCGACGUCGCCAUCCGGAUCAGAGCUUCGUCACCAAUUCCGAGGGAUCGGAAGAGUAUCUGCAUCAACGCAGGGACGAGACUGGUCGUGACGCUGGUGCCACCACAACUCGGGUCCAGGAUGACACUGGAGAAAGGCUGGUCCUGAGGUUCGAGAUUGCGAUUGUCAAGAUCCCUCUUCUAUCUCUACACGGCAUUCAGUUCAAGAAGGUCCAAGGUGGCAUGAAUCAGUACAGGUCAAUGACCGGCACGAUUCUGAGUUCUCUUAGGCUGUAG